CGGUAGCGACGCGGAGUGGUGACGACGUCGUCCAAUUGCCUUCCGCCUAGUUCCGAUGCCUAAUCGAGCGUAGAAGCGCUUCAAUCGCCCCAAGCGCCAACGACAUAUUUCACCUCCGCCGACUCAGCGCCUUUCUUCUUACCUCCUUCCACUUCUUUGACUCCCGAUCGUUCGUGCAGAUGGCGCUCCGACUUAAUUGGAGAUGGCGGUAAAUUCCGGAGUGGGAGUACCUGACACUCGGUCCCGCCGAUCCGGUUGGUCAGGUUGAUUUCAAGAAUUGUUCCAGUAACAAAAUGUUAUUAGAAAUAUUCACCGUAUUUGUUCUGAAUAUUUUUCUUUCUUCUGCCGACGAGAACGAAUACAGAUUGGUUCAAUAUUUGCUAUCAACUUACGAUAAAUCUGUCCGUCCUUCUCAAAAUGCAACAGAUCCAGUUAAUGUGACGUUCGGUCUGGCUUUAACACAAAUUAUCGAUGUGGACGAAAGGAAUCAAAUCCUAACUACAAAUUGCUGGUUAAAUCAGAUGUGGUUAGAUUAUACCCUGCAAUGGAAUGCCAGCCAUUUUGGAGGAGUUCACGUGGUUAGAAUACCGGCGGAGAAAGUAUGGAAACCCGAUAUUAUUUUAUAUAAUAAUGCAGAUUCUCAAUACAACAAUGCCAUUCUCAGCACCAAUGUUAUCGUACUUUCAGAUGGAAAUCUAACAUGGCUGUCCAGUGCUAUUUUUAAGAGUUCCUGCAAAAUCAAUGUCGCUUGGUUUCCUUUCGACGAACAAAACUGUUCCAUGAAGUUUGCUUCCUGGACUUACGACGGUUAUCAAGUCAAUAUGAUUAUUCAGACUAACAAAGGUGACUUAUCGAAUUACGUAGAGAACGGAGAAUGGGAUCUCAUUAACAUGGCCGUUGUACGAAACGAAGUUUAUUAUUCCUGUUGUCAAGAACCGUAUCCCGACGUCACUUAUUUCAUUGUGUUAAGACGUCGUCCCCUAUUUUACGUCUUUAACUUGAUAUUACCUUGCAUGAUUAUCACUGGGAUUGCUUUGUUAAGCUUCUAUAUGCCUUCCGAUUCGGGAGAGAAAGUUACGUUGGGUAUAACUACACUCUUGUCCAUGACAGUGUUCCUGAUGGUGAUCGGAGAGAGUAUGCCACCGACAUCAGAUACAGUGCCACUAAUAGGGCUAUAUUAUGCCGUUGUCAUGUCGUUGGUAUCGUUAGCCACAGCACUAUCCGUUGUGACGUUGAAUAUUCAUCAUCGUGGGAUGAGAGGGAAAGAAGUUCCUCCUAUUGUCAAGAGGAUAGUGUUCGGUUGCUUAGCCAAACUGAUGUUUAUAGAACUGGAUUUAGAUUUCAAUGUCGAAUCGAAUAGAAGAAAUCGUCAUCCGUUACCAGUGAAGAUUCAACCAGAGAGAGAUACGUGGGAAAACGGUCGAUUAUCUCCAAAAUUUCGAACUCCUCAUUGCAUCAGUACAAUUCAGUCGUCGAACUUCAUCGAAAGCUUCGAAAAACAUUUUUUAAAGGUGCUAAACAAAGUCUACCAAACGAUCGAAAAGAACGAAGUCCGUUUGGCAGAACAAGAAAGAAGAGACACCAUUAAAUUAGAAUGGCAACAAGUGGCACUAGUCAUCGAUCGGUUCCUACUUCUUAUCUUCGUUAUCUCGACACUAGCCACGUCUUUUGGGAUUUUAUGCAUGUCGCCUCACGCUCGACUCUACUGAAGCGAGAUUGGUUUAUGCUGUGAUCUCAAAAUAUUCGAAUGUCAAUAGGAAUGGUGUUCUCCAUUCAGAGCUUUACGCGUAGAUUCUGGCCUGAAGAAUCUACCCACGGCUAACUCCGCCGUAACGUGCUAUAUUGCGUAUAGUAAAGCAGCCAGUAGCUAUUCAGAUGAAUAUUUUCAUCUCAUCGUAAUCAAUAUGAUAUGCCAACAACAACAUCCAGUUUUCGUCUUUAAAAGUAUUUACAGUUUUGUUUUGAUAUAGACUAGUCACUUCUAUAUGUUUUCAUAUAGACUCGUUAUAGAACUGGAUUACAAAAUACAUACAACACUAGUAAAUGCUCAAUUUGUAAAUUAGAUAUUACUUAGAAGAAAAACAUAAAUUAGUGUCUUAAUAAAAAAAAAUUAAGAAAAGUUCAGAAUAUAUUUUAAGUUUGAAAGAACUAAGAUAUAUUUUUUUGUGCUAAUUAACUUGUUUACACAUUAAACAUAGAGAAAUAAAAAACGUGAAGAGGAAGAAACAUAUUGCUCUUGUUUAGAUUGUUUAACAAUUAUAUAUUAUCCAGUAAUCGAUAAAUUACUCGUUAGAGUUAGAGUGAUAAGUUGUAGCUUUGUUGUUAAAAAAGUCACAUGCGUAUUGAUCCACAUAUAAAAAUAUAUCCAUUAAACAGAAUUAAUGGCUAUUCAACUAGUAUUAAAAACGUAAAUUUGUGACGAGUACAUUGUUAUAUUAGUAUCGAUAAAUAAAACAAAGUGUUCUAGAUUGGUAAAGGAUACAUUUAAAAUUCCUGAUGCCAAUUAGUGACUUCAUCGCUAACGAAAAAAAAAAUUGCAAUAAACAAAUUUUGUGAUCAAAUGGAAAAUGUAAUAUUACUGUUAAAAAUGUAUUGUUGAAAAUAUUCAAAAUCUAUCUUUGUAUCGUGAUAGUUUUGCAGAAAA